AUGGAGGGUCAUAUGGCUGGCGCGCAGAUCGAGGAUCCUUGCAUUAGCCGGACCUCUCUGUUCCCCUCCGUUUCCCCCUCCGCUCCCCCCUCUUCUCCUCCCUCCGCUUCCCCCUCCGCCUCCCCCUCCGCCUUCCCCCUGGACGACAGCACGCUUGCAGAAACCUGCACUGUCUAUCCUUCAAAAGAUUCCACUGCUCUUGAACACCAUUCCGAGGAGCAUUUUCACCCCUCCAUCAACAUUCAAUCAAAUUCCUCAUUACAAGGAAACGCGUUAAAACAGCUGUCAUUGGAUGAACACUCGUCUGAAGCACAUUCGUUCCGCACGUUCGCUUAUCGCCGGCUCAGCUGUGGCCCUCCUCGCCCCGCAAUCUCCCCCCUCUCCUUCCCCUCCCUCACCUUCUUCCUUGACGUCUCCCACCACGGCCAAUCACGGCUAUCCAUGGCUCUCCAGCAGAAAGAUCUGAUCCUGUCAGAGACUGCUGACUUGGGAGAUUUCGAUUUUGUUGUCAAGAACCUGAACGCUGCGCAUGAGGACAGCCCCUUGUGGCGGCCACACCCUGAUUCUACCACUUCCUCCUUUUCCCCCUCUUCCUCCUCUUCCUCCUCUUCCUCCUCUUCCACCUCUUUCACUCCACUCACCCUUCCAGAUUCAGUUGCCACCUCUUCCGCCUCCUCGUCCUCUUCCUCCUCCUCGUCCUCUUCCUCCAGUCUCUUGGCAACCACUGCUAACCCCUCCAUUCCCCCUGCUUCCCCCACUUUCUUAUCCGACUAUCACAAGAUGUCUCACAUGGCAAUGCAAGGCCCGGACCGGCCGUCUGCUUAUGCGCAGGAGCUCUCUGCGCAGCUGCAUGUGCAGAGGCCGUCAGAUGGGCGCAUGGUGCAGCUGGCUGCUCAGCUCAAGCCAGCCCUCAAGGGAUCGUCGCCGCGUCCCUCGGGGCUUCGCGUCAAGUGGGCUGCUGACGUGUACGAUCCGAUUCCGAGCCUCAUCUCCCACACUGUUGGGAGGCGCAACCAACGCAAGAUUUAUUCCAGGAGGCAGCGGAAUGAACACGCCGGGAAGGGGAAGCAUGGAAAGGGUUCCAAGAGCAGCAAGUCAUCCAAGAAAUCUUCCAAGGAGAAUGUUUCGGAGAAGGUGCCGGCUCGGGAGGCGGAAAAACCACCUGCUAGCUGUCCCGCAUCAAGCAGCCAGGACAAGCUUUGUGAAUCGACAGGAGAACGCGCAAAUGUUCAGGACGUCGUUAAGGAGGAUGCCGAGACUGCAGUAGUGGAAAAGAAAGACGAGUCGUUAGACGACGAUGGGUGGUCUAUCGUUGUUCCCAAGUCUCAUGGUCGUCGAUCAGGUUUGGAGGAGGACAACCAGCUGUUUUCUCCUGAGAGCACUUUGGAAAAUCCGGUCUUCACUCCACCUGCUUCAAUCAAUCUUCUGGAGCGGGCUGGAACUUCGGUCUUCAUUCAAGAGCAUCAGUCAGAUGUCAAGCAGAGGUCUAGCACGCACAAGUCAAGUUCGCUCCUUGCCAAGGUCUCCAUGGAGCGGCUGGCUGGUGCCACAGCUCUCGCACAUGGGAAGGUGCAGGAGGGUAGGCGGCUGAUUUUCAGUGCAUACAUGUCUGCUCGGAAGCAUGGAAUGAAGGGUGAAGUGGCUCGCUGCCUCAGGCUGAUUGCAGACACCCAGACGGGCCAAGAUCGGCUCAGUAGUUUGAAUGCUGCAGUUGAAGGGCUUGCCGUGGCUGGUGUGCCAUUUGAACAUGCUGAAGCUCUACUGUGUCUUGCACAAGCUGAGGUCCAAGAAUCGAUCAGUCUCUCAGGGUUUGCAUACACAAGCAUUGACGUAGUGGCUUCGCUCGAGAAGCUGAGCUAUAGCCUUGAAGUGCCACAGCAGAAUGCACGCUUGAUGAAGGCCAAGUCUCACCUCAGGACUGCUGCUGGCCUGCUAAUGACUGAGCUUUCAUCUUCCAAGUAUCGCUCUUGCUCCAAGAGCGUCAUGAGCCAGUAUAACUCUCCUACCGGGAGAAGGAAGAGCAGCAGCAGUUCCAAGAAAUCCAAGAAGCCUGAUUUGUUGGAAGAGGAGAGGUCCACGCUGUCGGGUCUAUUGGGAAGUGUUCAUGAGCUGACUGGGAAGGUGGGGAUUCUGAUGCAGCAGUUGGAUGAUGCCAACGUUGCCCUGCAUGCUGCCGCCUCAAAUGAGGACUGGCGCAAAGGCAGUCGGGAAGAGGCUGCUCAGGUUGAUGGAUUAUUGAAGCACCUUCUUGCUGGAAAGUUCUCUAGCAGGACUGUUGCUGCUUGA